GUGCUUAUGGAGUACCCUGGGGUUCUGAUCAUCUCAUCCUAUCCACAAAAUAAUGACCUCAAGGGUAAGUAAGGGCAUAGUCUCCAAAUUAUAAAUAUUCCUACUCAAACCAACAUAUUACCAGUCUAUUCAAAAUGGAACAUAGAUAUACCAGCAGUAGAUAUUAACUGGAGUACUGUCUGGUCCAAUAUUACAUUCUCAUCAAGAAACCUAAUUACCAAAUGACCCACUACAAUUUUGCCAGUAUGAGUUAUCCGAUUCCAAAAAAACGUUUCCAGAUGAACAUAAACUCAACCUCUGUCUGUAUGCUCUGCCCCCAGGGUACUCCUGGCACAUUUAUUCAUAUGGUCUAAGAUUGCCCAGAGGUUUUCUCCUUUAGGCAAUCUGUGGCUUCAUCAUUAUCAGGCAUUUUGCCUAAAUCCAUCCCAUGUCUACACAAUGUGCUGCUGCUUAAUUAUGACUUCGCUGAAUUUAACAUACAGGCAGAGGAUCAUUUUUCAGAGGAUCAUCAUUGCCCAACUUUAACUGUCAAUCUCUAGACUGCAUGGUGCAAAACCCUAGAAUAUUAACAUAUGGGUAUUUCUAUAAACUUGGAUACCAGUGAGGAUUUUCUAUACUAGAUAACUUGUUACAGCUGUUGAUAAGUCAUUGAUAAUAAUCUGCCUUUUUUUUUGUCAUUAAGGUAAGGUACAAGGGGGAUCAUAGCUAUAUUCAAUAAAAAUGAAUGAGUUGAUUUAAGACCUAUGUUUAACCCUUUAUCAUGGUUGGUGUCUUGACCGAUUUACCAAAAAUUGUGUGACAUAAAACAUUAUUUUUCUGUCCUUGCAUUUAUGGUAGUGUAAGUUGUCGUAUCAUAUUAAGCAUUAAUCAGUUACAUUAGACAUUGGACUUGAACCCUGUAAGAAUCCUGGAUGUAGCUGUCCUACAGUUAUUUUUUUUGUAUAGAGAUCUCAAAAAUGCAGUGUAACAUUUCGUGUAUCCUUAUGUUACAGCAUGAAACCCGUUUUCAUUGGCACACAAAUCCAAAAUAAUGUAUGCGAUUGCUAAAUCGAAUGCUUCUAACCGUUCUAAUCGUUAGAUUUAACAGAGAACGCAUCAAGGUAAUGAGUUCAUGUUUUAAUAUGUUUUUGCCUAGGAUUGGACACCCCAGUCUACUGUGAGCAAUUGUGUAGGAUAGACUAAUCAUUUUACAUUUUACAUUUUAGUCAUUUAGCAGACGCUCUUAUCCAGAGCGACUUACAUUACACUUUUUUUUUUUUUCUUCAUACUGGGGAGUCGAACCCACAACCCUGGCGUUGCAAACGCCAUGCCCUACAUCCCUGCCGGCCAUUCCCUCCCCUACCCUGGACGACGCUGGGCCAAUUGUGCGCCGCCCCAUGGGUCUCCCGGUCAUGGCCAGCUACGACAGAGCCUGGAUAUCGCGCAACACCACGCUAUUCCUAUUAAUUAUUCUGGAUAUAAUGACAACAAAUUACAUAGCCUGGUGGGCUUAUUCACAAUAUAAUCUGGUAAUGAAAUAACAUGACAAAUACAUUUUGUUUUCCACGUUACACCUGCAAUUUUAAACAAUACAAUGGGCUUAAAGUAGCCAACUUGAAUUUGGAGCUCAGAAAUUCAAGUAGCCUACUAGGCCAUUACAAAUUUUAAAAACGAACUUAUUUUGGUCACUUUCUCAUUAUAAUGACAUCGAUUAUGAGAUUUAAAUGGUGAGAUUAAAGCCACCGCUAUUCAUGGCUGAAUUAUGUUUGGCUGGGUCGGCAACAUAGGAUACAGAAAAAUCGCAAUGUAUGCAUCCAAUCUAUUCAGUCAGGCUAUGUCCACAUACAUUUCACAUAUUUUAGAAUGUAAUAAUAAGUUGAAUAUUAAUGCAUUGGCAAGGCCAAAAAAAAUAUAUAUUCCUAAAUGCAUGUAAAAGUCCCCAAAAGUUCUUGAAUUUGACUUGCCAAUAUCUGUAUGAGCCCUGCUUAAUUAAAGAAGUAUAGUCCUAGGCCUAUUUUGUUGUAUAAGUUAUGGACCAAUUUGCAAAUAUUCACUUUUAUUCCACUAAGUACACAUGUGGAACUGCAUGUGAAUCCUUUUUGUUUCAAACCAUUUUGAAAAUUUGAUCCCAAUGUCACACAUUGUCUCCAUUAUUUAUAGAAAGACCCAUAUAUGGACAGCAACACUUGGCAGUAUAAAAUCAUUACUUUAAUAUUUACUUAAGUAAGCAGGUCCUGUGGGGGGAUAAAUGUGUAUUUGUGUAAUGUCUGUAGGUUUUUUUUUGUCCUGUCAUCACAAAAAAAUGAGAUCUUUCUUUAUGUUUGCAACACUUUCUACAAAACCUCCCAUUUUCUUUCUAGCACUUGAGAGAGAUGCUGAGAUCAGCCUGGUGAAGGUUGAGGACAUUCCAAACAAGAAGGACCUUGAUGGAGACUGGCUGAACAACCCCGCCUGCGGCAGCGGAUCCUGGAUGUGUGUAACGUACGGCAGAAAUGGUUCUUUGCUAACGUGAGAUCAAAUCAAAUCAAGCUGUAUUUAUAUAGAACAUUUCAGACAUGAAUGUAACGCAAUGUGCUUCACAGGGAAAAACAAAUAUAAAUGAAUGUAAAUAAACAGAAACAUGAGUGGAUAAAAAAAACUAAAGAAUAACAAUAAAAAGGUAAAGACUGAAAAGGCACCCUAAGGGGAAAGAAAGGUGUGUUUUAAGAUCUCUGUUAAAAAUGUCCUCCAUUUUCAGCCCCCCUCAGGUUCUCUGGCAGGCUAUUCCAGAGGCUGUGGGCAUGGUAACUAAAGGCUGCCUCCCCAUGCCUCUUGGUCCUAGGCUUUGGGAUAGUUAAAAGGCCAGUGCCAGAGGACCUGAGGGACCUACUGGGUACAUACACUACCAGUCAAAAGUUUGGACACCUACUCAUUCAAGGGGUUUUCUUUAUUUUUACUAUUUUUUACAUUGUAGAAUAAUAGUGAAGACAUCAAAACUAAAAGGCCAAGUCCAUAUUAUGACAAGAACAGCUCAAAUAAGCAAAGAGAAAUCACAGUCCAUCAUUACUUGAACACAUGAAGGUCAGUCAACAUGGAACAUUUCAAGAACUUUGAAAACCAUCAAGAGCUGUGAUGAAACUGGCUCUCAUGAGGAUCGCCACAGGAAUGGAAGACCCAGAGUUACUUCUGCUGCAGAGGAUAAGUUCAGUAGAGUUACCAGCCUCAGAAAUUGCAGCCUAAAUAAAUGCUUCACAGAGUUCAAGUAACAUACAUAUCUCAACAUCAACUGUUCAAAGGGGACUGUGUGAAUCUGGCUCCAUGGUUGAAUGGCUCAAAGAAACCACUACUAAAGGACACCAAUAAGAAGAAGAGACCUGCUUGGGCCAAGAAACACAAGCAAUUGACAUUAGAUCGGUGGAAAUGUGUCCUUUGGUCUAGAGUCCAAAUUGGAGAUUUUUGGUUCCAACCGCUGUGCCUUUGUGAGACAUGGUGUAGGUGAACGGAUGAUCUCUGCAUGUGUAGUUCCCACUGUAAAGCAUGGAGGAGGAGGUGUUAUGGUGUGGGGGUGCUUUGCUGGUGACACUGUCUGUGAUUUAUUUAGAAUUCAAGGUACACUUAACCAGCAUGGCUACCACAGCAUUCUGCAGUGAUAUGCCAUCCCAUCUGGUUUGGGCUUAGUGGGACUAUCAUUUGUUUUUCAACAGGACAAUGACCCAACAUACCUCCAAACUGUGUAAGGGCUAUUUUACUAAGAAGGAGAGUAAUGGAGUGCUGCAUCAGAUGACCUGGCCUCCACAAUCCCCCGACCUCAACCCAAUUGGGAUGGUUUGGGAUGAGUCAGACCGCAGAGUGAAGGAAAAGCAGCCAACAAGUGCUCAGCAUAUGUGGGAACUCCUUCAAGACUGUUGAAAAAGCAUUCCAGGUGAAGCUGGUUGAGGCAAUGCCAAGAGUGUGCAAAGCUGUCAUCAAGGCAAAGGGUGGCUAUUCGAAGAAUCUCAAAUAUAAAAUAUAUUUUGAUACGUUUAACACUUUUUUGGUUACUACAUCAUUCCAUAUGUGUUAUUUAAUAGUUUUGAUGUCUUCACUAUUAUUAUACAAUGUAGAAAAUAGUAAAAAAUAAAGAAAAACCCUUUAAUUAGUAGGUGUGUCCAAACUUUUGACUGGUACUGUAUAUGGACGAGCAAUGACAGAGCGGCAUGGACUAAGAUAUAGUAGAAUAUUAUAGAAUACAGUAUAUACAUAUGAGAUGAGUAGUGCAAGAUACAGUGGGGAGAACAAGUAUUUGAUACACUGCCGAUUUUGCAGGUUUUCUUACUUACAAAGCAUGUAGAGGUCACUAAUUUGUAUCAUAUGUACACUUGAACUGUGAGAGACGGAAUCUAAAACUCCAGAAAAUCACAUUGUAUGAUUUUUCAGUAAUUUUAAGUAAUGCAAUAAAAUGCAAAUUAAUUACUUAAAAAUCAUACAAUGUGAUUUUCAGGAUUUUUGUUUUAGAUUCCGUCUCUCACAGUUGAAGUGUACCAAUGAUAAAAAAUUACAGACCUCUACAUGCUUUGUAAGUAGGAAAACCUGCAAAAUCGUCAGUGUAUCAAAUACUUGUUCUCCCCACUGUAUGUAAACAUUAAAGUGACUAGUGUUCCAUUUCUUAAAGUGGCCAGUGAUUUCUAUAGGCAGCAGCAGCCUCUAAUGUGCUUGUGAUAGCUUUUUAACAGUCUGAUGGCCUUGAGAUAUAAGCUGUUUUUCAGUCUAUCUGUCCCAGCUUUGAUGCACCUGUACUGACCUCGCCUUCUGGAUGAUAGCGGGGUGAACAGGCAGUGGCUCGGGUGGUUGAUGUCCUUGAUGAUCUGUUUGGCCUUCCUGUGACAUCGGGCACUGUAGGUAUCCUGGAGGGGCAGGUAGUUUGCCCCCGGUAAUGCGUUGGGCAGACCGCACCACCCUCUGGAGAGCCCUGCGGUUGCGGGCGGUGCAGUUGCCGUACCAGGCGGUGAUACAACCCGACAGGAUGCUCUCAAUUGUGCAUCUGCAAACGUUUGAGGGUUUUAGGUGCCGAGACAAAUUUCUUUAGCCUCCUGAGGUUGAAGACGCUCUGUUGCGCCUUCUUCACCACAUUGUCUGCGUGGGUGGAUCAUUUUAGUUUGUCAGGUGUAGUUUCCUACCUUCACCACCUGGGGGCGGACCGUCAGGAAGUCCAGGACCCAGUUGCACAGGGCGGGGUUCAGACCCAGGGCCUCAAGCUUAAUGAUGAGCUUGGAGGGUACUAUGGGGUUGAAUGCUGAGCUAUAGUCAAUAAACAGCAUUCUUACAUAGGUAUUCCUCUUGUCCAGAUGGGAUAGGGCAGUGUGCAGUGUGAUAGCAAUUGCAUCGUCUGUGGAUCUAUUGGGGCGGUAAGCAAAUUGAAGUGGGUCUAGGGUGACAGGUAAGUCUCUCAAAGCACUUCAUGAUGACAGAAGUGAGUGCUACUGGGCGAUAGUCAUUUAGUUCAGUUACCUUUGCUUUCUUGGGUACAGGAACAAUGGUGGCCAUCUUGAAGCAAGUGGGACAGCAGACUGGGAUAGGGAGAGAUUGAAUAUGUCUGUAAACACACCAGCCAGCUGGUCUGUGCAUGCUCUGAGGACGCAGCUAGGGAUGCCGUCUGGGCCGGCAGCCUUGCGGGGGUUAACAUGCUUAAAUGUCUUACUCACAUCAGGCACAGAGAAGGAGAGCCCACAGUCCUUGGUAGUGGGCCGCAUCGGUGGCACUGUGUUAUCCUCAAAGCGGGUGAAGAAGGUGUUUAGCUUGUCCGGAAGCAAGACGUCAGUGUCGGCAACGUGGCUGGUUUUCCUUUUGUAGUCCGUGAUUGUCUGUAGAUGCUGCCACAUACGUCUCGUGUCUGAGCCGUUGAAUUGCGACUCCACUUUGUCUCUAUACUGAUGUUUUGCCUUUUUAAUUGCCUUGCGGAGUGGGUAGCUACACUGUUUGUAUUCUGCCAUAUUCCCAGUCACCUUGCCAUAGUUAAAUGCGGUGGUUCGCGCUUUCAGUUUUUUGCGAAUGCUGCCAUCUAUCCACGGUUUCUGGUUAGGGUAGGUUUUAAUAAUCACAGUGGGCACAACAUCUCCUAUACACUUCCUGAUAAACUCAGUCACCGUUUCAAUGUAUUCGUUAAAAUUAUUUUCGCAAGCUACCCGGAACAUAUCGCAGUCCACGUGAUCAAAACAAUCUUGAAGCGUGGAUUCCGAUUGGUCAGACCAGCGUUGAAUAGUCCUUAGCACGGGUACUUCCUGUUUGAGUUUCUGCUUGUAUGAAGGGAGGAGCAAAAUGGAGUCGUGGUCAGAUUUGCCAAAAGGAGGGCGGGGGAGGACCUUAUAACCAUCCCGGAAGUUCGAAUAGCAGUGGUUGAGAAUUUUAUUAGCCCGAGUACAACAGUCGAUAUGUUGAUUUUCAACAGGACAAUGACUCAACACACCUCCAGGCUGUUUAAGGGCUAUUUGACCAAGAAGGAGAGUGAUGGAGUGCUGCAUCAGAUGACCUGGUCUCCACAAUCCACCGACCUCAACACAAUUGUGAUGGUUUGGGAUGAGUCGGACGGCGGAGUGAAGAAAAAGCAGCCAAAAAGUGCUCAGCAUAUGUGGUAACUCCUUCAAGACUGUUGGAAAAACAUUCCAGGUGAAGCUGGUUGAGAGAAUGCCAAGAAUGUGCAAAGCUGUCAUAAAGGCAAAGGGUGGCUAUUUGAAGAAUCUCAAAUAGAAAAUAUAUUUUGAUUUGUUUAACAUUUUUUUGGUUACUACAUGAUUCCAUGUGUGUUAUUUCAUAGUUUUGAUGUCUUCACUAUUAUUCUACAAUGUAGAAAAUAGUGAAAAUAAAGAAAAACCCUUGAAUGAGUAGGUGUCUCCAAACUUUCGACUGGUACUGUAACUCAAACGCAUGUCUUAUGUAUUGGGGUGCACAAUCGUUGAUUGAUUUAAAAAACCAAUAGAAUAAUCUUACAAUUAAUCCUAAAACUCACAGGCAGCCAGUGCAGAGACUUUAAAACCGGUGUAAUGUGUGCUCUCCUUCUGGUCUUGGUCUGUACCUGUGCUGCAGAAUUCUGUAUGUUUGUGUAGACCAGACAGGAGAGCAUUACAUUAGUCAAGCCUGCUUGUAGUAAAAGCAUGGAGGAGUCUCUCUGUGUCAGCCUGAGAUAGAAACGGCCGCACCUUGGCAAUGUUCCUCAGGUGGUAAAAAGCUAUUUUGCCUGGUGUUUUAUCUUUAUUGCCUGUGAAUUAAAAUGUGCGGCCAGAUUCUCUCUCUGUGCUUUGGCUCCAAUGAUACGUACCUCGUCUUGUCUUGAUUUAGCUGGAGGAAGUUGUGAGCCAUCCAAGUAUUUAAAUCACUAACUAAUACAGUCUAAUAAUUUAUACGUGGAGCUAAAAUACUCUGGUGACACAGAAAUGUAAAGUUGCGUAUCGUUUGCGUAUCAGUGAAAAUCAAUGCCGUGCUUUCUGCUAACGCUGCCAAGGGGUAACAUCGAGUAUAUAAACUGAACAGUACCGGACCCAAAAUCGAACCUUGUGGAAAGCCACAUGUGAUAUCUAUGUUCUCUGAGUUAUGUUCACCAACGGUGACAAAAAACUAUUGACCGGUUAAAUAGGUCCUAAACCAAUUUAGAACUGGACCGGAGAGGCCAACACACCUCUCCAGUCUGUCCAGAAGGACAUCAUGGUCAACCGUGUUGAAUGCAGCACUUAAAUCCAAGAGUACAAUGACAGAGAGCUGAUUAGCAUCUGUGUUGGCUCUAAGAUCAUUUACCACUUUAACUAAGGCUGUCUCUGUGUUGUGGCAGGCACGAAAAAACCAGAUAGGAAUUUUCAAAAAUACAGUUGGAACUGAAAAAAUAAUUUUGAUGUUUGAAAACCAAUUUCUCCAGAAUUUUGCUUAAGUACAGAAGGUUUGAAAUUGGCCUGGGUACUGAGAGAGAGUGGGCAGACGAUUUGACCCAAGUAGUGCUUAACAUACACUUUUGCCUGUGAUAUAAAGAAAACAACCUUUAUUAUACAUUUAUGACAUUUUGUCUGCAAUCUAUGGGUUAGUAAACCUCCCUGUACUACAAUUUUCUUAAGCACAUAUUCUUCUCUCUUAUAUCAAACCACAAACUCAGUGGUGCUAAACGUGAGGUGAGAUGACGUUACUGACCACAAGCUGCUCAUCUCAGCUCUAGGUUAGGAGCAGACCCUCACUAUCAGUCCACUGAAUCCAAUCUGUGUCGUGCAAUACCGGAGCUUUACCCCUAGGCAAUAGGUGAGACUACAAUUUUGAACCAGAAUGGAUGUUUUUUUAUUACCCUGUUCCCCUGAGAAGAGUAAUGAAAAAUUAUUGUAUUGAUUGGGUCAUGCGCACAAGCAAUACACUCACACACAAAUAAAACGCAGCCCUGCCACUUGGACACCACUCUGUGAGCCUGCACGCACAGGAAUGAUGAUCGCUCUGUGGCUUCUGAAUUCACUGGCUCUGAUGGGUGAGUUCUCAAGGUGGUUCAAUUAGCUAUUUUCGCAUGAUGAGUAACCUCGCUUGAGACCUGUAAACAUAUGUUAGCUCCCAGAGCUAAUGCCUUGCCUUGAGUUUUUAGCUCAGUGGGCUAACACAGUCGUGAGUUGCACAGUCUACACUUGAUUGAUGAUAUAAAGUUAACCUGUCCUGUUUGCCGUUAUUAUGGUAUCAGCUUAAUGUCUAAUAUUGGACCUCUCAUCUCCUUAGCAGGUGGCGUCUCAAGUACGAACAACUGUUCCUAUCAUCGUCUUCUAGAUCAUCUGGGUCUGUCACAGAAAAGUGAGAGUUUAUCAAAUGUGCGGCCGGUGUGGAACUGGACAACACCUACACCGGUUAUGGUGGACACAUAUCUAUAUGGUAUUUUGGAUGUGGUAAGUGUUUUUAGCUCCCUGUAGCUUACAUAUUCAGAUCUAACUUUCAAUCCUGUCUGUUUCAUAUUCCUUGUGGAUUGACCACUGACUGAUACAUUAAUAUAUCCUUUGUCCUGUAUGUUAAUAAAGAUCUAAAGUCCCCUGUUUAGGGGACCUGCGUGGUUCUGGUACCAGUUCCGACCGACAUUUUUGCUUAUAAAUCGAACUGUGGACAACGUAGAACGAAAUGGCUUGCAUUGAGAGGUAGCUCUGGAUCCCAAGGACACAGUCGUAUAUAUGUUUAAGGAUGUGAAAUCUGAAACCACUUGAAGCUGGGAUGUCCCUCCUACCAUUUCAUUUCGCUCUUCCGACUAUCCAUCAACUCCUAGCUGAACCUUGUGUCACAGCCACUGACAAAGCACAUGCCUGCAAUCCUUACAUCGUAGCGCAGCAGAAAAGAAUGGUUUCAUCACUGUAGCACAUUCGGAGAUCAAUUUAUAGCCAUUAAUUUUAAACAAUUCAUAUAUUUUAAACAAAAAACACUUUGUUUGUCAUAGAUGGACAAGAUAUACACUACCAGUCAAAAGUUUGGACACACCUACUCAUUCAAGGGUUUUUCUUUAUUUUUUACUAUUUUUUACAUUGUAGAAUAAUAGUGAAGACAUCAAAACUAUGAAAUAACACAUAUGAAACAUGUAGUAACCAAAAAAGUGUUAAACAAAUUAAAAUAUAUUUUAUAUUUGAGAUUCUUCCAAUAGCUACCCUUUGCCUUGAUGACAGCUUUGCAUACUCGUGGCAUUCUCUCAACCAGCUUCAUGAGGUAGCCACCUGGAAUGCAUUUAAAGUAUGAAGAAAAGUAUGAACAAAAAAAUUAUGUAUGCACUCACUAACUGUAAGUCGCUCUGGAUAAGAGCGUCUGCUAAAUGACUAAAAUGUAAAUGUAAAUGUAAUUAACAGGUGUGCUUUCUUAAAAGUUAAUUUGUGGAAUUGAUUUCCUUCUUAAUGCGUUUGAGCCAAUCAGUUGUGUUGUGACAAGGUAUACAGGAGAUAGCCCUAUUUGGUAAAAGACCAGGUCCAUAUUAUGGCAAGAACAGCACAAAUAAGCAAAGAGAAACGACAGUCCAUCAUUACUUUAAGACAUGAAGGUCAGUCAAUACGGAACAUUUCAAGAACUUUGAAAGUUUCUUCAAGUGCAGUCGCAAAAACCAGCAAGCACUAUGAUGAAGCUGGCUCUCAUGAGGACCACCACAGGAAUGGAAGACCCAGAGUUACCUCUGCUGCAGAGAAUAAGUUCAGUAGAGUUACCAGCCUCAGAAAUUGCAGCCCAAAUAAAUGCUUCAAAGAGAUCAAGUAACAGACACAUCUCAACAUCAACUGUUCAGAGGGGACUGUGUGAAUCAGGCCUUGAUGGUCGAAUUGCUGCAAAGAAAUCACUACUAAAGGACACCAAUAAUGAGAAGAGACCUGCUUGGGCCAAGAAACACGAGCAAUGGACAUUAGACCGGUGGAAAUUUGUCCUUUGAUCUAGAGUCUAAAUUUGAGAUUUUUGGUUCCAACCACUGUGUCUUUGUGAGACGUGGUGUGGAUGAACGGAUUAUCUCCGCAUGUGUAGUUCUCACCGUAAAGCAUGGAGGAGGAGGUGUUAUGGUGUGGGGAUGCUUUGCUGGUGACACUGUCUGUGAUUUAUUUAGAAUUCAAGGCACACUUAACCAGCAUGGCUAACACAGCAUUCUGCAGCGAUACGGUAUCCCAUCUGGUUUGGGCUUAGUGGGACUAUCAUUUGUUUUUCAACGGGACAAUGACCCAACACACCUCCAGGCUGUGUAAGGGAUAUUUUACCAAGAAGGAGAGUGAUGGAGUGCUGCAUCAGAUGACCUGGCCUCCACAAUCCCCCGACCUCAACCCAAUUGAGAUGGUUUGGGAUGAGUCGGACGGCAGAGUGAAGGAAAAGCAGCCAACAAGUGCUAAGCAUAUGUGGGAACUCCUUCAAGACUGUUGGAAAGCAUUCCAGGUGAAGCUGGUUGAGAGAACACCAAGAGUGUGCAAAGCUGUCAUCAAGGCAAAGGGUGGCUAUUUGAAGAAUCUCAAAUAUAAAAUAUAUUUUGAUUUGUUUAACAAAUUUUUGGCUACUACAUGAUUCCAUAUGUGCUAUUUUAUAGUUUUGAUGUCUUCACUAUUAUUCUACAAUGUAGAAAAUAGUUUUUAAAAAAAUAAAGACAAACCCUUGAAUGAGUAGGUGUGUCCAAACUUUUGACUGGUACUGUAGAUGAGAUGAAAGGCAAGUUCCUAACAAGUUCAGGAAGCCAAGCUAGAGCUCUGUGAGACAUUCACAGCUAUGGGGCCACACGUUUUGAUCAAGAGAUGUGCCUUUAGAAAAUGUGCACAAAUACGUAUUUUACAGUUAUAAGGAAGGUGCAAUCGUUUUAUAAUUUGAUUACACUAUAUUUAGAAAGCAUAUAUCAUUUCGAGCCUUAUUCAUACAGUUUUGUUGAAUAGGAAAUACAUCAUAUAAAAUAUUUCAUAUUUUUAUCAUAUUUGUAGUGUGUGCUUGAGCUUGUGUCCUCAAAAGUGACAAUUUAUUUUUUUUAAAUACCAGAAAGGUGAGAUUAUAACCUUUCUUGGAGUAAGCAGCAUUACUAGUUAUUGUUUAUGGCCCUCUCAUGAUAAAUAAUUACUUUUGGGGAUUACAUUUAGUUACAUUUAACUGUAUGUCCUGUAUGUUAAAGUGACUAGUACUAAACUGAUUUCAGCAUUUUGUAACACAGUGCACUGAAUGAUCUCUGUGUAAGUAAAUGCACAAUAUGUACUGCAUGCACUGCCACACACUAAAGUGUUGUCUCUGUGACAUCCAUUCAUUUCUGAUUGUUUGCAGAAUGAGAAGUCCCAAACCUUCACCUCCCAUGUGAUGAUCUCAAUGGUAAGUACAGUUAAUCAUAGUUAGUUAUCAUAGUUAUCAUUUAGAUGUGAUUGGGGCAGGUAGGGCAGAAUUUAGCUGAGACUCUGAUAUUUCACUUUAAAAUGUAUGCCAAACAAAAAUUCAUGAUUGCAAUGUAGUGGACACCUGGGUGCCCCAGGUCUUGAAAAAGAAAAUAUCAAACUGAUUGAAAGUAUAAGGGGGAUAUCUGUGAACAAAUGCCAUGGUCAAGGGUACGUUUUUUUUUUUUUUUACGGGUGUUUGAGUUGUGUGGUUGCAAUAUUAACAGUCUCUUAUCUCUUGGCAUGCAUCAUUCAAGACUAUGUUUACAUUGUUUGCAGCACAAUGGGCAUGUCUCAAGAAAGACUGUAUGGGUUGGCAAUACAGAGAAUGGAAAACCAUCUGGUCAGCAACCUGGACCUACAGGCCAUGGACACACAUUUUCACACACAAAAGGAGGACUUCAGGAGACCAGGGGCGUCUCUAAAAUUGGAUUUAAUUAGAUUUAGGCCGAAUUUAAUUGACCUUGAUUAUUGCCGCCCAUUUGACAAAACCUGCUAAGUUCAACAAUAAAUAGUGUCUGAAUUUAUCCUCAAGCCGACUACUUUUUACCAAGUCUUUAGGCUAUUUGAUUAUUCAUUUUUAUAAAAAGUUUAUAAAUAGCACCUAAGUCGCAGCUAAUGAUGGUAUAUACUGUAGCUAUAGAUAGUACACUGCAUAAUGAAACAAUCUCUAGUAAGCUAGUGUUUUGAGGGUGGACUGACUGUAUUAUUUGGCAUUAAUAGACUGGUUUUACAAACAAGUUUUUAUCCAAGCUUGGAGAGCGCAAGGACGGCUCAUGUCAUGUAGGUUCAGUUAGCCUGUACAGGACAGCUGUACUAUAACAAAAUAAAUAAAUAAAUUGGUAGCUGAUUGUUAUUCUUUUGUAUCGAAAAUGAAUUUGACAAUCUGCGAUGUUUGAAUUUCUAACUUGAAUUACUGAAAAAGUAAUUAUAUUAUUGCCAUCAGCCAGCGGUCUAAAAAUGCAGCAUUGCGACAUCGUGUAUAGCUUCGUGAAAUGUUAGGAGGCUUAACCUGAGAAAAUUAUGACCAAAUAGACCUACCAAUAAACAUUAAUCCAUUAGCUAAAGCAAAGCUAUGCCCUGGCACCAUAGAAAGCCUAUCAUCGAUUCGAUAGGCAUGCAGCCACAAAGACAUGUUGCAACUUCAGCACCAUGGACAGCGAUCGGUAGUCUACUUUGUGAGUGGCAGUCUGGCUGACACAUUCAAUUAUUAAUUUUUUAGGAGGGGGAAUUGUUCAAAGUAGUCCUUGUGCAUAGAGUUGUAUGGUUUGUUUAACUUUGCAAUCAUUGUUGUUUUUUUUGGCAUACAUUUUAAAGUGAAAAAAAAAAGAGUCUCCGUGUAAUUCCUUUACCAUAGGAAUUGCCCAAUAGGUAGAGAUUAUGUUUAAACUCAGCAAAAAAAAGAAACAUCCCUUUUUCAGGACCCUGUCUUUCAAAGAUAAUUUGUACAAAUCCAAAUAACUUCACAGAUCAUCAUUGUAAAGGGUUUAAACACUGUUUCCCAUGCUUGUUCAAUGAACCAUAAACAAUUAAUGAACAUGCACCUGUGGAACGGUCAUUAAGACACUAACAGUUUACAGAUGGUAGGCAAUUAAGUUAUGAAAAUGUAGGACACUAAAGAGGCCUUUCUACUGACUCUGAAAAACACCAAAAGAAAGAUGCCCACGGUCCCUGCUCAUCUGCGUGAACAUGCCUUAGGCAUGCUGCAAGGAGGCAUGAGGACUUCAGAUGUGGCCAGGGCAAUAAAUUGCAAUGUCCGUACUGUGAGACGCCUAAGACAGCGUUACAGGGAGACAGGACGGACAGCUGAUCGUCCUCGCAGUGGCAGACCACGUGUAACAACACCUGCACAGGAUCGGUACAUCCGAACAUCACACCUGCGGGACAGGUACAGGAUGGCAACAACAACUGCCCGAGUUACACCAGGAACGCACAAUCCCUCCAUCAGUGCUCAGACUGUCCGCAAUAGACUGAGAGAGGCUGGACUGAGGGCUUGUAGGCCUGUCGCAAGGCAGGUCCUCACCAGACAUCACAAACCCACCGUCGCUGGACCAGACAGGACUGGCAAAAAAUGCUCUUCACUGACGAGUUGCAGUUUGUCUCACCAGGGGUGAUGGUCGGAUUCGCAUGUAUCGUUGAAGGAAUGAGCGUUACACCGAGGCCUGUACUCUGGAGCGGGAUCGAUUUGGAGGUGGAGGGUCCAUCAUGGUCUGGGACGGUGUGUCACAGCAUCAUCGGACUGAGCUUGUUGUCAUUGCAGGCAAUCUCAACACUGUACGUUACAGGGAAGACAUCCUCCUCCCUCAUGUGGUACCCUUCCUGCAGGCUCAUCCUGACAUAACCCUCCAGCAUGACAAUGCCACCAGCCAUACUGCUCAUUCUGUGCGUGAUUUCCUGCAAGACAGGAAUGUCAGUGUUCUGCCAUGGCCAGCAAAGAGCCCGGAUCUCAAUCCCAUUGAGCACGUCUGGGACCUGUUGGAUCGGAGGGUGAGGGCUAGGGCCAUUCCCCCCAGAAAUGUCCGGGAACUUGCAGGUGCCUUGGUGGAAGAGUGGGGUAACAUCUCACAGCAAGAACUGACAAAUCUGGUGCAGUCCAUGAGGAGGAGAUGCACUGCAGUACUUAAUGCAGCUGGUGGCCACACCAGAUACUGUUACUUUUGACCCCCCCCCCCCCCCCCCCCCCCCCCCUUUGUUCAGGGACACAUUAUUCAAUUUCUGUUAGUCACAUGUCUGUGGAACUUGUUCAGUUUAUGUCUCAGUUGUUGAAUCUUGUUAUGUUUAUACAAAUAUUUACACAUGUUAAGUUUGCUGAAAAUAAACGCAGUUGACAGUGAGGACGUUUCUUUUUUUGCUGAGUUUAUAUAACGUCAAUCCAUCUCUAAAAGGCUGUGAAUGUCUUCUUAUUUCCACCUCUUGCUCUCCUCAUAUUUGAUAUUGAAUACUCAUCAACCUGCCUAAUCAGACUCAUAGGAACCAUUCAUCAUCAAUAUGAAUGUCAUUGCUUCUUUAUGACUCAAUUACACUCUUGACCAAUAACACCAUCCAUACACUGCAGUGUUAUAUCAUGUUUUAAUGAAAACACAUAGGCUUAGUUUUAACUUGGUCUGUAAGGAUUGUGGUUUUAUUCACCCAUGAGCCUCUUCACUCCCAUGUCUUUUUACAGGGCUGGGAGAAUGAACUGAUAUCGUGGGAACCCAAUGACUGGUGUGGGAUUGAGAGUGUAGCAGUUCCCAGAGACAUGCUGUGGAUACCAGAUGUAAUGAUCUUAGAGGAGUGAGUACCAUUCAUCAUAGGGAUGUUGAAAUGAUUGAUAUCAUUUGCACAUGAUUACAAUGGCAUGAUAUAAAAAGUAAUCUAAUGCAGCGUACUCUAGUGAAUGUGAAUGUCUAUAAUGGUGCAUGAUUGACAAGAGGUUCAAUAACACAUCCAAAACAUCCUGAACAAUGGGCAUUAGCAUUGGGUGUGAGAACCCCAUUUCUCUGUGUGUGUUUAGUGCACUGUUUCAGGGACAACAUAUACCGUAGAUUACAGGCACUUUUAUGAAAAGGCUGUUUUCACUCGUAGUAAUUAGAACUGCUCUGUUUCCUGUUGGAACGUGUUCUCUUCAUAAGCCUCUUAAAAACAGCAAAUAUGUCUCAUUGUCUGGGAGAGCGUAGCUGAGUAAAGUAAUUUCAGUCCAUAUAUACAUAUCUAUGGAGUUGAGUUGUGAUUUGGUGGUGUCCCCAUCAGACAAUACUUGUAAAAAGUUCAUUUGUUAAACCCUUACUGUGUACCUAUGUUUGUCCUGUGUUACUGUGGUCCUUUCUUUGUUUACUGAAAUCCAUAAUUUUUCAUAAAACUUUAAUCGUAGGCUGAGAUUCAAUUGGCACAUGCGGAUUUGCACUGAGUUGCCAUCUUAGAUCAACAGAAACGGGAAAGAUUAUUGUAUUUGAUGAGUUUUAUUAAAAAGUAUGGAUUUCAGCAAACAAAGAAAGGAACACAGUAUCGACUGAUAGCAACCCAAUGUAGCCGGUGGUACACUCCGCCGACAAUCAUCGCAACUCGACUCCAUAGAGAUGUAUACUGCAUAUGGACAGAGUUGAGUUUACUCAUCUAGGGAGAGCGAUGCCUUGUUUGCUUUUAAUGAAAAACACAAUGAACCUGACCUUCAGUCUGAUAUCUAAUGCCAAGUGAGGUUAAACUAAAUCAGUUGCUCCAUGAUGUAACAUUAGCCAUGAAAUCUUUAUUUAAUUACAGUAUGUCUCUAUAAAAAAAGUAAACUCUAACUGUAGUUGAAUACUGAUACACUGUUGUCUGCACCCUCAGCAUUUCUGAUACAGGCAGCAUCACAUUGAGCCCCUACACCGAGGUGGCCCACUCUGGCAUGGCCUACGUGACAGAAAGCCGCCGGUUGACCACCACCUGCAAGAUGAAUCUUUUUAAGUUCCCCUUUGACACCCAGAACUGCAGCAUUACUUUUAUUUCCUUUAUGCUCAAAGGUACACACACAAACACACACAAACACACACAAACACACACACACACACACACACACACACACACACACACACACACACACACACACACACACACACACACACACACACACACACACACACACACACACUGGAGGUAUGAUAGAUUUUCUUUAAUCUUUUCACUAAUAGGAAUAAAGUUGGGGCCCUUCUCCAACAGCAUUAUCAUGAGCCAAUUUUCCGAAAAGGUCAUGGUUACAUUGGGGGAAUGGGACUUCCUGGGCAUUAGGUUGUCCAUGGAAAAGCUAAUCUACGACAACAACAUUGUUUGGGACAAGCUGGUCUACAAGGUAUGCAAAUCAGAGAGAGCAAGAACUUGAACAGGAAUGUGUUCUCUCAUGAUAUUUGAUAAUUCUCAAAACAAUGUUAAGUCCAGUAAGUUUCUACUUUCCUCACAGAUCAGCAUACGAAGAAGACCCCUAUUAUAUGUGAUCAACCUACUACUACCACUCUUAUUUUUCCUCAUCCUGGACUUGGCCUCCUUUUUCAUUGAUGAGGCCAAGGGAGAAAAGCUGGGCUACAAAGUGACCAUACUCUUGUCCAUUUCUGUCUUACUGCUGAUUCUCAAUGACAUCCUGCCUUCCACAGCAGAUGACCUGCCACUCAUAGGUAAUAAUAUGAACUGCCAAUCAUAUCAUGUCAAAUCUCAAUCCAUCUACCUCUCUACAACAGUGGACAGUGACACAUAGAUGCUAGCUAAGCUGAAACUGUUUUGCAUGGCUAAUGUUUUCUAAUUAACUUUUUGAUUAUGGCUAAGCUGUUAGCACUUUGUUAUUUUAUACCAUAAAUGGUCAAGUCUGGUCAUCUGGGGCCACAGUUUACAUUUUGUUGGGGGAAAAAACAGCUAGCAAUUACUUGAUUUUAGGAACACAUCUCAAUCAGUUCAUGUUAACAUAAGCCCGCUGUGCACAGUUUCAUUUAACACAAGCCCACAGUAAACCUGCACUUUUGUUAUUAAGGAUAGAAAAUGUACAAUGUGAAGUCUUCAUCUCUUCUUCACAUAAUUUGUGCUCCAUCUCCAGCUCUUUACUGCAUCGUAAUCUUUGCCCUCACGGGCCUCAGCCUCCUGGAGACCAUGCUGGUGAGCUUCCUGAUUGAUAUGGACAGCAGGGCUGAUCAGGACAUCCAGACCUCUUCUAAGACCUGUGAGGAGACUCAGGAAGAGACCGACUGCCAAAGAGGUGAAAUCUCUUGUUCUUUUGUCAUCCUCAUAAGAGUGUUCAUUCUUGGGUAAACGCCACAUUGAUUCUAGGAGGGGAGGAAGGGGAUUGUUCAUGAUGAUCAAGAUCUGUCCUUAUGUUUGUAAUACUUGCUACAAAACCUACCAUUUUCUUCCUAGAGUCUCAGAGAGAUGCUGAGAUCAGCCUGGUGAAGGUUGAGGACAUUCCAAACAAGAAGGACCUUGAUGGAGACUGGCUGAACAACCCCCGCCUGCUGCAGCGGAUCCUAGAGGUGCGGAACAUACGGCAGAAAUGGUUCUUUGCUAACAUGAAGAAGAAGAAGCCUGGGCACUGGGAGAGAGUGGGCAGAAAAUUUGACCAGGCUUACUUUUGCCUUUAUCUCAUCACCACCAUUGGUUUUCUGGCAUUCAUUUAUCACGAGUGGCUUCAUUAG